AUGCUAGACGAGAACCUCCCCACCUUCUACAUCAGGCCCUCCUCCUCCGACAACCCUCUCUCUAAUACCAUCUUCCUCACUCAGAAUGGCUCAGAGCCGCAGGCUGAAUAUACGCUACGGCGACCCGAUCCAAAUACACCAGCCUCGAAGAACUGCUACGCGGUAGCCUUGUACGAUUCCUACAACCCAGAUGUGCUAUACGCAGAGGUGCUGGUGCAGCCGGAAUGGACACAACCAACUCUUUCCCAAGCUGAGAUACGAGCCCAGAAUGGGGUCCCGCCUGCUCCGGUGCCGAUAGUGCCAGAUAACUUUACGAUUCAGCUGUACAAUCCAGAUCAGCAGGUCAAAAUUAGGCAGGUUGCUGGGUCUUGGAAUAGCUCUGCUUAUUGGGAGUUCGAUAUGCCUCAGAACAGCUUCAAGCUGCCCUCUGCCUCGGCACUCGAUAGAAGCCAAAGUGAUCCCGCGGCUUUGGAUAUUACACCAAAAGUUGCGUUUAAGUGGAAGAAGGAUGGAAAGUUGUCAAAAGACAUAUCAUGCUACUUAUCUGGCAAGACUGUAGACGGCAGGAAGAGCAAGGAACCGGACAUUCCAGUUGCUAUGUAUAAUUCGGGCAAGGAGCAGAACAAUUUGACUAUAUACCAGCCAAAUAUGCACCGGGUAGACGUCGAAGAUGCCAAGGGCUUGGAGGUGGUGUUUCUGUUAAGUGCGGCUGUUAUCAAGGAUAUAUUCUUCAAUGCCAGCAGAGAGUUAUUCAACAUCAGUUCACCGAAGCCCAGGGCAAACACGAACCCAUUACGCAAGAACAGUGGUCCUGUGAUAGGUGGUAAAGCUGCAUCACCACCAGUCAUGUCUGGAGCGGUAUUUUCCCAACCACCUUCGGCGUCACAAGCACCACCUCAACAGGCAUAUAAACCCCAGCAACAACAGCAACAUAUGUCACCACGACAACAGACAUCUAGGCCGCCCCCAGCAAAUCCCCGCACGCAAUGGGAGAUUGACGCCGAGACUGCUCGUCUAAAGGCCGAAUUCGAAGCCGAGAAAAAAGAAAGGGAGAAAAUAGAACGGAAAGAACAGAAGAUGAUCAAAAAGAUGCUAGAGGAAGAGGAGAUGGAGGCAAAAAGGAGAGACGCAGAAGUAGCCAAAGAGACAGAACGUCUACGGAAACAAUAUGGUGUCCCUGCAGCCGCCUCGCCACCUAAUCACGUAUCCUUCCAGCAACCCGCUCUUCCUCCCCGCCAACAGUCUUCUCACAUACGUCCACAUUCAAACUCUCUAGGCCAGCCGCAGCAAUUCUCGCAAUAUCAGAGCGCACCGCAUUCGCAACCGGUCCCUUAUCAACGGCCAGUUAGCACGCCGCUUGCUCCUCAGCAACAGCAGCAGCCUGCUACACAGGGGAGUUGGUUUGGAAGUAAUAAUCGUCCGCAGCAGUCAGGUCCAUAUUUACAAGCGCCGGGAAACAAUGCGAGUGCGAGCCAUAGUGGGUUCUUUGGGCUGGGUGGGGGAAAGAAGGUGCAGAAGAAGAGAAGUGUUUUCUUCUAG